ACCUGAGACACCACAGCUAGGAAAAGCUCCUGUGAUGCUAUGGACAAAUUGCCAGUCUUCAGCGACUCCCACACCGGACAGAUGUCCAGGCUUUGCUGUAGGGACCCUUAUGCUGCAUUUCAGUUGUACCCAGAGCACCCAAACCAGUUUGCUGGCCCUGAAGAUUUGCCUCUGCUUCCAUUAACACCAGAACAGCUGACUGCUGAUAAUUUCUACAGCAAUCCUUGUGGUUUCCCGUUUCAAGUCCCUUGUGGGAAUUUUGGCAGAUGUGAGUACUCUUGCGGCCCAGCGUUCAUCCGAAAAAGAAAUGAAAGGGAAAGGCAGAGGGUUAAGUGUGUCAAUGAAGGAUAUGCCAAACUUAGAUAUCACCUACCUGCUGAAUACUUAGAGAAACGGCUCAGCAAAGUCGAAACACUCCGAGCUGCAAUUAAAUAUAUAAGAUAUCUCCAGUCUGUUCUGUACGAGGAUUCAGAGAAGAAUUGCAGGGAAGUUCAACACCUCUCUCAAGAGAGCUCUCAAAAUGAUCAAGUUUCAAGGACUUCAUAGUCUGCUACCCAGCAAAUACAGUUGUAUCUGAGAAGUCCACAGAUAUCCUGCCUGUAAGGAUCAAAGAUACUUGCAAUAUAGACCUGGCUUCACAAUAUCUUAAUAUCAGCAUUUGUGGUUAUG